UAUAUCCAAUGAAUGUGUCCAUCUCUAGUCUGCCCUAUUUGAAGCUACGAUGUGGUACUAUCCAGUACAACAAUGUUGUCGUCGAGACGCCUGGCUGCAUGUUGUAUACGAGGUGCUGCGCCGUGCCUCAUUUGCUUCCCGACGUGCUGUCGGAGAUAGACGAAUCUCUGAUACCAAAGCUGGCAAAAAUCGAUGUCUCAACAUGCUGUGAGAAGCCUGGUGUACAAUGUUUAAAUUUGUUUCAACGAGGAAUUAGGGCACUGGCUGGUUUAGAAGGUUAUCUUGUCUUCUGUGCUGUCCAAGAUGCUGUCGAUGUUGCUCGUUUUAGUUACAAUGAAGAGAAAACAGUGUCUGUGUGGACAGUCAGUGGACGACACAAGUUGACUCUUGAGUCUCACAUGGAGGUUGUAGAUGCGUUUCAACCUGACUGGUUCCAGUGCUUGUCCGAUCCUGCAGUAGGUGGCACCUUGCCACCAAAAAGAAUUCGUAAGUCAGUUGAUAGAACUCUUCGAUUUCUUGAUGAAACAUUACAACACCAGGAGAGACAAAAGCAAUCGGCAAUACCGUUUGGUAGCAUCGAGGGAGCAUCUUUGUUAUCGGAAAGAUUGAGAUCUGCUAAGGAAACAACACAACGACCAGUAGGAGGCUUUAUAAUAGAAGGCCUAGACUAUAACGAAAUGGUGGAUACCGAUAUUGCUGAUGUGCUGACAAAAGCAACGGACAUUCUUCCAGAAGACAAGCCUCGUCUUCUCUUCGGUCCAAGAACUCCUGAUCAGAUACUCAAUGCAGUAGAAAGUGGAGUCGACCUGUUUGACACAUCGUACCCUUACUAUCUGACCGAGAAAGGUUUAGCUUUGAUGCUGUUCUCAGGUUGUCGGCAGGCAGAUGAUCAGUACAGACCAAGAAUGCUUGUUGAUCUGAAUGAUAAAAAGUAUGCAAGAGACUUCACGCCUCUUGUGGACGGGUACAGUUAUUCGUAUAUUCACCAUUUGAUACAGACAAAAGAAAUGCUUGCAGGUGUUUUACUGAUGAAGCACAACCUUCAGCAGUACCUUCGUUUCUUCCAACAACUUCGUUCAUCACUCAUGAACAACACAUAUCACACGUUCUGCAUGAAAUUCCGUAUUGCUGGUGCCGGUGACAAAUCAAGACAAGAUGCAGUACAACAAUGAUAUAGUAAAAUACAAUCUUAUUUUGCCAAUAUAUUCAACAACUGUUGUCCUACAAACUUUUUUAUUCAACAUCUGAUUUUUGGAAACCAUUCACAUGGACACAAACUUUGUACAUUUUGCCUUCUCAAAUGCAAAUUCACACCAUGGAUAUAUGUCA